AUGAUGUUGGAUAAGCGCGACGAACUGGAAGUGAUUACUUCUAGUAUACCUUCGACUCCGCCCAAUGAGAUCAAUGGAAAUGAUUUAGAAGAUGAAUAUAAAGCCAAACUCGAGAAGAGAGUGAUGCGAAAGAUUGAUUUUUGGCUCGUUGGGUUUUACUCAAUCGUAUACAUCUUCCGGGUCAUUGAUUCCAACAACUACUCCAAUGCCGCCAUAAUUAAUCUAGAAGCCGGCACUGGAAUCAAGAAAGAGCUCAACUUCAACUCCUCACAGUGGGCCUGGACGCAGUCUAUUUUCUCCUACAGCUACCUGAUUUUCGAGCCAACAAACACCAUCCUCCUCAAACGAGUCACGCCCUCGAGAUGGAUGUUCGUUCUAAUCUUGUCUUGGGGUAUCUGCGCUUGCGCUGCCGGCGCUGCACAGGACUUUCCGGGGAUGAUGUGUGUGCGAUUUGCAAUUGGAAUGGCUGAAGCCGGAUUUUACCCCUCUGUGCUCUAUCACAUGGCAUUCUGGUACAAGCCGUCCGAGCUGCGCUGGAGGAUUGCUCUUUUCUACUCUCUUGGUCAGAUUUCCGGUGCAUUGAGUGGGCUGUUGGCAUAUGCUAUCAGUUUUAUGGAUGGAGGCGGUGGGCUGUCAGGCUGGCGGUGGCUGUUUAUUAUCGAAGGUCUUCCCGCAAUCGCACUGUCUGUGGUAGCGUUAUUCGGUCUUCCAGACUAUCCCGAGAACGCUCGCAUUCCAACCCUGUACACCUUCACCGUAUACUGGAUUGGACAUGGUAUUGGUGGAUUCGGAGUGAAUUACGCGUUGCCUACUGUUAUCUACGAGCUUGGUUUUACCUCGACGGCCUUAUCACAGCUGAUGAAUAUUCCUCCAUACGUCGCAUGUUUUCUUUUCUUGAAUACCCUUGGGUAUUGGCUACACAAAGGAUGGAUUAGACCCUGGACCACUGCUGUCGCGAUUGAAAGCACGAUAAUCAUAUGCUAUAUCAUCCUCAUUACUGUUCCAAACUCAGUCGUGAAAUACCUGGCGUUGGUUGUAGCCACCGCUUGUGCCGGAUCUGCAUACCCUGUCAUUUGGCCAGAACGUAUUCGUGCGCUCGAGGGCACAGUGGCCGUGGGAAUUGGCAUUGGGUUGACAAAUGCCAUGGCUCAGUUUAGCGGCAUUGCUGGGCCCCAUAUAUACAGUACGGUGUUUGGGCCGACUUAUAAAGUGUCAUAUGUUAUCUGUCUUUGCUUCUUGUGUGCGGCCAUCUUGGGCAUUUUGGCUUCGUGGUGGCUUGUCUGGAGGAAAGAUAGGAGAACUGAAUUAGACACAAUUGGAGAAGAUGCAUGA